CCUCCUCCCCGUCCCGGACCUCAGCUCCACCACCUCCAUUACCGCAGCUUCUCUCACUUCUUCAUUCUCCAUCCUACUCUGUUUCAUCUACCCACUUCACGUCCUAUCCAGUUUUUCCUACGCUCACUUUCGGCAUUUCCAGCGCCUUGCCUGAUACCUCCCCGUCACAUAUACCAAUCACAUCCGUCGUUUCCCAUAACGCCCAACCCCCGCCAAGAUGGAGGCUACCAUGAUCAUUGUGGACAACAGCGAAAGCAGCCGUAAUGGUGAUUAUACCUCGACUCGAUGGCAAGCACAGAUCGACGCCGUCAGCGUCAUCCACACGACCAAGAUGCGCGUACACCCGCAAUCCGCCGUUGGUCUGAUGAGCAUGGGAGGAAAGGGACCGGAGGUUCUGUCGACGUUCACCACGGACUUUGGUGGGAUUCUGGCUGGUCUGCACCGCACGAAGAUCGGUGGUACUGCCCACCUUAGCUCCAGUAUACAAGUGGCCAGUCUCGCCCUCAAGCACCGCUCCGAAAAGUCGCAGCGCCAGCGGAUCAUCGUGUUCUCCUGCUCGCCGAUCGAAGAAGACGAAAAGACACUGGUGAAGCUCGCCAAGAAGAUGAAGAAGAACAACGUCUCCAUCGACGUGAUCGCCUUCGGGGACCUCGAGUCCGAUCAGACCAAAAAGCUCGAGGCCUUUGUCGAGAACGUCAAGGGUGGCGACGGCUCCCACCUGGCCAUCAUCCCGCCCGGUGAUAACCUGCUGAGCGAGGAGCUCCAGGCCACGCCGAUUCUGGGCGGUGAUGGCAGCGGCGCCGGCGGCGCCGGGCCCGACGGUGGCGACGGGGGCUUCAACUUCGAGGAUGCAGCGGAGAACGACCCCGAGCUGGCCUUCGCGCUGCGGCUGUCCCUGGAGGAGGAGAAGAACCGGCAGGAGAAGGAGAAGCGGGAGCGCGAGGAGCAGGAGCGCAAGGCCAACUUGGAGGGGAUCCCCGAGGAGAGUGGGGAAGGGAGCGGAAGCAAAGACAAGAAGGAGGACGGCGACAAGAUGGACACUGCUUAAGUGGGUUCUGGAACUAAAUUUCCCAGUGGAUGACUUUUUUUCUUGUCUGAUGUGUGAUGCAUACCCGGCGUUUCCUUCUGAUGUACCUUGCGCUUCCAAUUUUGUGUCCUGUGUCUGGGUGUAAUUGUAGACCGUGCUGGUGGUAGUGUUUCUAGACCCCCCGACUUCCCAGGCCGACUCUUCCCUGGCCAACGAAAACAGGCUGCGGUAUC